UCAUCCGAUUUAUCCACAUUUUUCCGUAAAAGACCUUAUCUUUCUCUCAAUAUAGGGUUAAGUUUUCCUUUGCUUGUGGCCGUUUCUUCCGAUUUCAUGUUUACUUGCUUUGGCGCUGCCGAAAUUUAGAGGUGGUUUGAGCUUCUUUCAGAGGUUGGAGGGAUCGGUAUUGGCUGAAUGGCUCGACUGAUUCUUCCCAACAAAGGUUCAAGUUUGGCGAAGAGGGGUUUUUUGAGAUUGCUGUCGUCAUUUAAUGCUUGGGAUAGACAGCAUCAUUGUACUUUAAGAUAUCAAGAGAAAAAGAUUUUCAGAAAUAUUUGUCACCUUACCGAAGAGGGUGUGCAUAGGAGGAGAACGAUAUUUUCUUUUCCAUCAAGUGUAGCCAGUAGAAGGUUUGUUUGUUCAGUAGCUACACAGCCACUUCCUGCAAAGAGUGAAGAAUUGAAGAUGGUCGCCCCUAAAGAAAUAUUUUUGAAGGACUAUAAGAUGCCUGACUAUUAUUUUGAUACGGUGGAUUUGAAAUUCCUACUUGGUGAAGACAAGACACUCGUCUAUUCAAAAAUUUCUGUGUAUCCAAGAACUGAAGGCGCAUCUGUUCCUUUGGUACUUGAUGGUGUUGACAUUAAGCUUCUAUCCAUCAAAGUUGAUGGGAAGGAAUUGAAGAAAGAAGAUUAUCAUUUGGACUCGCGGCAUCUGACAUUGACGUCCCCACCCACUUCCACUUUCGUUCUGGAAAUUGAUACGGAGAUCUACCCUCAAAGCAAUACAUCAUUAGAGGGACUUUACAAAUCUACUGACAACUUCUGCACACAAUGCGAGGCUGAAGGGUUUCGGAAAAUCACUUUCUAUCAGGAUCGUCCUGAUAUAAUGGCAAGGUAUACCUGUAGAAUUGAAGCAGAUAAAAGCCUGUAUCCCGUAUUGCUAUCUAAUGGAAACCUGAUCGAGCAAGGGGGCCUUGAGGGUGGGAGGCAUUAUGUAGUCUGGGAAGAUCCGUUCAAAAAGCCGUGUUACUUAUUUGCACUGGUUGCUGGACAAUUAGAAAGCAGAGAUGAUACAUUUGUGACCCAAUCUGGAAGAACCGUGUCCUUGAGAAUCUGGACACCAUCACACGAUGUCCCAAAGACAGCCCAUGCAAUGUAUUCUCUUAAAGCGGCUAUGAAAUGGGAUGAGGAAGUUUUUGGCCGUGAAUAUGAUCUAGAUUUGUUCAAUAUCGUGGCUGUUCCUGAUUUUAACAUGGGUGCCAUGGAGAACAAGAGCCUUAAUAUUUUCAAUUCCAAGCUUGUUUUGGCAUCUCCUGAAACCGCUACUGAUGCCGACUAUGCUGCAAUUUUGGGUGUAAUUGGUCAUGAGUAUUUCCACAACUGGACUGGCAACAGAGUGACAUGCCGAGAUUGGUUCCAGUUGAGUCUUAAAGAAGGGCUCACCGUCUUCAGGGAUCAGGAGUUUUCAUCUGACAUGGGUAGCCGCACUGUCAAGCGAAUAGCUGAUGUAUCGAGACUGCGGAGCUACCAAUUUCCCCAGGAUGCUGGUCCUAUGGCUCAUCCUGUUCGUCCUCAUUCUUAUAUAAAGAUGGACAAUUUUUAUACUGUCACGGUGUAUGAGAAGGGCGCCGAAGUUGUUAGAAUGUACAAAACUUUGCUUGGGAGUUCUGGCUUCAGAAAAGGCAUGGAUCUUUAUUUUGAAAGGCAUGAUGGCCAAGCGGUUACUUGUGAAGAAUUUUUUGCCUCCAUGAGAGAUGCAAAUGAUGCAGAUUUUUCAAAUUUCUUAUUAUGGUACUCACAAGCAGGCACUCCUCAAGUUAGAGUCUCAUCAUCUUACAAUCCUGAUGCCAGAACUUAUUCUUUGAAGUUUAGCCAAGAAGUUCCAGCUACACCUGGCCAACCUGUGAAAGAACCUAUGUUUAUACCUGUUGCCGUAGGACUUCUGGAUUCAAAUGGGAUGGACUUACCUCUCUCCACUGUUUAUCAUGAUGGAUUGCUACAAUCAGUUUCCAGCAAUGGCCAACCAGUCUUCACAACUGUGCUAAGAGUCAUAAAGAAGGAAGAAGAGUUCAUAUUCUCUGAUAUAUUUGAGAGGCCAAUACCUUCUCUUCUUCGUGGUUACAGCGCUCCUAUUCGUCUUGAUUCAGAUCUUACAGAUAGCGACCAAUUUUUCCUACUUGCAAAUGACUCUGAUGAGUUCAACAGGUGGGAAGCCGGCCAGAUAUUGGCAAGGAAAUUGAUGCUUAGUCUUGUAGCUGAUCUACAACAGAAUAAAUCUUUGGUUCUGAAUCCAAAGUUUAUGGAUGGAAUCAGGAGCAUACUAUGCGAUUCUAGUUUGGAUAAAGAAUUUGUUUCAAGGGCAAUUACUUUACCCGGUGAAGGGGAAAUUAUGGAUUUGAUGGAAGUUGCAGAUCCUGAUGCUGUUCAUGCUGUUCGCUCUUUUAUUACAAAACAGCUUGCACUUCAUCUAAAAGCAGAGUUUUUGUCAACUGUCAUAAACAACAAAAGCUCAGAGGCUUACGUUUUCAACCAUGAGAAUAUGUCUCGACGUGCUUUAAAGAACACUGCUCUUGCCUACCUGGCAACAUUGAAUGAUCCGGAGCUCACCAAUCUUUUAGUCCAUGAAUAUAAUACUGCCACAAACAUGACCGAACAGUUUGCAGCUUUGGCAGCUAUAGCUAAGAAUCCUGGUCAAGUCCGUGAUGAUGUUCUUGCUGAUUUUUAUAACAAGUGGUCUCAUGAUUUCUUGGUAGUGAACAAAUGGUUUGCUCUUCAAGCUUUGUCAGACAUCCCUGGAAAUGUGGAUAAUGUUCAGAACUUGUUGAGUCAUCCAGCCUUUGACCUUCGAAAUCCGAACAAGGUUUACUCUUUAAUAGGUGGAUUUUGUGGAUCUCCUGUGAAUUUUCAUGCAAAAGAUGGAUCAGGUUACAAAUUUUUGGGUAACAUUGUGUUGCAACUGGAUAAAUUGAACCCUCAGGUGGCAUCCCGCAUGGUGUCAGCCUUCUCAAGGUGGAGGCGCUAUGAUGAGGGCAGGCAAGCUCUGGCUAAGGCACAACUGGAGAAGAUAAUGUCUGCUAAUGGCUUAUCAGAGAACGUUUAUGAGAUUGCAUCCAAGAGCUUGGCAGCUUAAGCACCUGAGGAAAUUUUUAAAAGCUCCUCUCCCUGAAGUUCAGUCCAGUCUGAGGACAAGAACACUGGAGUAAUGUUUAUGUGAAUUAUUAUCUAUAAAGUUGCAAGUAUCAGUCAUAAAUAACAUAUAUGUUGUGGUGAAAAAUGAAGCUUCAUGUUUGUUAUUUUGUUUAUAUGUUUUUCAUCAAGAUGUUUAAAUCUCUACUGUGUUAAAUCUCCCAUCUUUGUGAACCUGCUCUUGUUCAAAUAUAUGGUAAAGUAAAUGUUGGAAAGUUUGAAUUC